CUUGUUUAGUUACUCUCUUUCUCUCUCUCUUUUCUCUUUUUUGUCUAUUCGUCCAAGUGUACGUUUCAUUUUCAUUUUCAUGUGAUUUAAAUUUGAAGAUAUAUUUAAAAUAAUUCAAGUCAUUGAAAGUAUCUUCCCUUUCCCUACUUUUUCUGCAUCAUGGGAAGGACAAUAUAUAUAGAAGUGGACCACUAAAUGCAAAGGUGAAAUAAAUGGUUAUGAAGACGUACGAUGACAAUUCUGUAAAAUUUGUUCCUUGUUUUGAGUAAUAGUUGGAGCUAGCUAGCCAUGGAGGAGGCUUUAGUAGUAGCCUUUAGCCCAUACUCUUUCUUAGUCAACAAAAGAAAGUGAACUCUUCAUUUACUUCUUGUGACAAAAUAGCUUGAGUAUUCUUUCUUGUGAUUCUAACUAUUAUUUGUUUAGUUAGAGAAGAGGGAAAGGUAAGAAAAGAUCAAAUCUUUUGAAAGGAAAAAAAAAAAAAAGAUGAUGGAAGCAUUAAACCAGAAGUCUCUUGAGAGAGUUGUGUCACAGAAGGCAUUGCAGAUGGGAAAUUCAUUUCCAUGCCAAAUUUGUGUGGUGGGUUUUCUAAGUGGAAUAUGUCUCACAACUGUGUUUCUUGCUGCUCUUACAUCUCUUGGUACUUUUGAGCUUGGUGGGUUUUCAUUUUCUGCCAUUUCAAUGGGGACUUCAACCUCAGAUAUGAUCAACUGCGAUUUUGUACCGAAAGCAACAGAGAAAAUAACUGAUUCAAGGUUAAGUAAAGAAAAAAUCAAUGAUGAGAGGGUGGCACAACUCUAUUCAGCUUGGAGUUCCUUACUUACUACUGGCAUUUCAUUAGAAAAGAAUGAGCAUCACCUCCUCAAACUUGGACUGAAUGAAUCUGAUGUCCCAAAUGCUCCUCACUUGAUGAAUUGCAAAUUGAAAACACAAGAGAAUGAGCGGCUUGAUAAGCGCGGCGGGAAUGAGAAUUUCCCUCCUUGGACAAGUUGGAAGGGCCAGUUGGAUUCAUUUCCUGCUGCUGCAAAGAGUGAUCAGUUUAAGAAUUUUAAGCAUCAGGCUGCAUAUGAAGGUUCUCAUCCUCCUUGGAUAACCGGGUCUGAUGAAGAUAAUUACCCUUUGACUAGAAAAGUGCAAAGAGACAUAUGGCUUCAUCAGCAUCCUUUAAACUGCAGAGAUCCUAGUGUGAGAUUUCUUGUAGCUGAUUGGGAAAGAGAACCCGGCUUCGGUAUUGGAGCUCAGCUAGCUGAAAUGGCUGGUGUUCUUGCCCUUGCAAUCAAUGAAAAACGAGUCCUUGUGACCAACUUCUAUAACCGAGCUGACCAUGAUGGUUGCAAAGGCUCCUCUCGCUCCAGCUGGUCUUGCUACUUUCUCCCAGAAACAUCCCAAGAUUGCCGAGACAGAGCGCUUGAGCUUCUUGAGAGUAAACAAGCAUGGCAGGAAGGAAUUGUAAGAGUAAAACAAAAUUAUAGCUCUAAGCAAAUAUGGGCUGGACAUACUCCAAGGAUAUGGGGUGAUCCUUGGAAUAAUCUGCAGCCAACUACAGAAAUUAAUGGAACUUUAAUGGCAUAUCAUCGCAAAAUGGAUCGGAGAUGGUGGAGAGCACAAGCCGUACGCUAUUUAAUGAGAUUUGAAAGUGAGUACACAUGCGGCUUACUCAACAAUGCUCGCCAUGCAGCAUUCGGGAAGGAAGCUGCUACUAUGGUUCUUAAAAGUUUUGCUGGAGAGUGGCCUAAGGAUGUUAGGAAUGACAAAAGAUCAGAUAUUGAAGAGUUUGUAUGGUCAAAUCAUAAGCCUUGGAUCCCACGGCCAUUACUGAGCAUGCAUGUGAGAAUGGGAGACAAAGCAUGCGAAAUGAAGGUUGUUGAAUUCGAAGAAUACAUGAGUCUAGCCGACCGCAUCAGAAGGCGCUUCCCACACCUCAACAGUGUCUGGAUCUCCACUGAAAUGCAGGAAGUUAUUGACAAGUCCAGAGGAUACUCUCACUGGAACUUCUACUACACCAAUGUGAGAAGACAAGUCGGGAACACGUCCAUGGCCGCUUAUGAAGCCAGUCUCGGUAGGGAAACUAGUACAAAUUAUCCAAUUGUCAACUUCUUGAUGGCAAUAGAAGCUGACUUUUUUAUUGGGGCACUUGGUUCCACUUGGUGCUUUCUCAUAGAUGGAAUGAGGAACACUGGGGGAAAAGUCAUGGCUGGAUACUUAAGUGUCAACAAGGAUAGGUUUUGGUAAAGAUUCAAAAUUGUAGAUUAGGUAGGUAUGUACGUAUGUAAAUUUGUGUAGUGAUUCUACCAUAACCAUUAUGGGUCGGCCCAUCAGCUUUAGUCCAAUCACAUUCUGUUAUACAAUUAAUAGUACAAAAUCAAGAAAUAGGGUGCUCAACAGUUCUGUUAUAAGUAACGGCCUACUGAUUUGUUGUCCAUGUUGAGUUGCUGAAAUGGUGAAUUGUUUUGUACAUAUAAUUAAUGUAAACAGAAUCAUAAUCUAAAGUGAUGGUAAAUAUGAAAAUCUCUU